AUGGCAGGGUGGUUCUAUCUAGGUGGGAGAGAAGGACCAUCAAGCAAACAAGAUCAAGAGAAAGAAGACAAUAAUAGUAGUUUGUUUUUGUACAGAUCAUCAAACGAGGAGAUCUACAACAACAGCAACAACAAAGGGUUUGAGCUAUGGCCGCAGUAUUAUCCCCAGCAGCAAAACAUGAACAGCUUCUCGUUUGGAGUGGGUCCUAGUCGAAGAAGUUUGUCUGAUGAUCACUCCUCAAGAUCAGGUUUUUCGGUGAUGAGACAAGGAGGAGGAGGCUUAGGAGGAGGAAUGAACUGCCAAGACUGUGGAAACCAAGCUAAAAAAGAUUGUCCCCAUAUGAGAUGUAGAACUUGUUGUAAGAGUCGAGGGUUUCAGUGCCAAACCCACGUUAAGAGCACUUGGGUCCCUGCUGCUAAAAGGAGAGAAAGGCAACAACAACUAUCUGCUUUGCAACAACAAAAUCAAGAACAGCAGCAGCAGCAACUACAGUUUCGAGGAGAGAAUCCAAAAAGGCAGAGAGAGAAUCAAGGUGGUGCUUCCUCUCUUGCUUGCACUCGUUUAGCCACUACCACGUCAGGGCUGGAAUUGACAGCAUUCCCACCAGAAGUGAAUUCACAAGCCACAUUUCGUUGCGUUAAAGUAAGCGCCAUAGACGACGCAGAUGAUCAGUUAGCAUAUCAAACGGCUGUUAACAUUGGAGGCCAUGUUUUCAGAGGAAUUCUCUACGAUCAAGGUCCUUAUAGCCGUUACACCAGUACAGGCGGUGAGAGCUCCUCCAGUGGAGCACAACAACUUCUUAUAACGGCAGCAACAACUAGCGCCACCGGAACUACAACAAACACUGGCCAUCCAGCUGCUGGUAAUACUUUACUUGAUCCAUCUUCUCUAUAUCCAGCUCCUCUCAAUGCUUUUAUUGCUGGUACGCAAUUCUUCCCACCACCAAGGUCCUAG